AGUAGCAAAGCAUUUGCGACUUCAUCGCAGUGGUAUAUAAAAACACUUCAGUACAAAGACGGAUAAGAAAUUUUUUUCUCUUCAACUAAUCAAGUACACCCGGACUUAUCAUGAAAUUGUUUACAUCAAUAACCGCCAUCAUUGCGGCAUCCGCUGCUGCAACAGCAACCCAAGUCUACCAACCAGAGCACUACAACACGGAAAUCUACCAAUCACAGGGCGUGGAACAGCACGCGGUUUAUCCCGACCAAUCACAGCACGGCUACCAGCGGCCAUUGGCCGAAAAGACAGCCAAGAUACUGAGCUACCACUCGGAGAAUAAUGGCCACAAUUACCAUUAUGCGUACGAAACAGAAAAUGGUAUCAAAGCCCAAGAAGUAGGCCAAGUCACCAAAGGCACGCAAGCCGAAGGGGCCUUCUCUUACACCGGCGACGACGGCCACACUUACACCGUCACCUACACAGCUGACGAGCACGGCUUCAGACCGCAGGGAGCUCACCUCCCCACGCCACCCCCCAUCCCCGAAGCCAUCCUGAAGAGCCUGGAGCAAAACGCUAGGGAUGAAGCCAGCGGGAUUGCUGAUGAUGGCCACUACCGCGAUGAGCACCAAACGUAUUAUAACGAGGGCUAUCAGCAAGAGGGGUAUGCGCCUGCGCAGCUGAACGAGUACCAUCACUAACUGUUUUAGGAUUUGUUGUUAUUUGUUGUUUAUUUUGCUGAUGAUGUAGCAAUAAAUGUUCCUAUAGUUGUUU